AUGAACCUUACGGAUGCUCAAGACAACUUCACUGAGACUGAGAAGGAAUAUUUUGCUGGGCAUGUAUACCCUAAAUGGCACUCUCAGCCAUUAUACUCCCCAUCUCAAAGUGAACUAUCGUGGGACGUCUAUCCGGGACAAACUACAGACCGCCCCCUUCCAUCAGCGGUGAUGGAUCCCAAUGUGGAAAGCUAUGGAGGAGAGAAAGACUAUCAACACACACAAUCAGGGAACUUGGAGAGUGCCUCAGGGGACGGAUACAAUGAUUCUGUCCUAUAUGGAACAUUCCUCAAACCCUCAAAGACAGGAACGCAGGACGCAUGGGUCUUAUGCGGAUGGGAGAACCUGGAACUCAAUGCACCGGCUCCAACAGUAGAAGAGCAACAAAGAGAAAACCAGGAAGCCAUUGAGGCUAUCAUAGAAUGGUCAACCUUGACGGACCAGGUUGGACAACUUGAUCACUUAAAGUCGCCUAUACCUUCAGAAGUAAAUUCCGAGUCUGAUAUCAUGGAAAUUCAACAUGGUCAUUCCUCGCAAGGAGAUGAGGAAGAUCUGCAGUCAAUGGGGAUGUAUGUAGGGGAUAUCUGGUAUAAGUCCACUCAAAUAGUAACCGCUUCAAAUGAUGAGUUGAAAGAAAUGAAACAAUAUGCCAAAGCAAUGUCACAAUGUAUUAAAAACAUGCAAGACGACAUUGAUGAAGCAAAGGAGCACAGACGUGACUGGUUGGAAGCAAAUCAAUGGAUGGAGGAUAUCUCUAUAUGGGAAAAGAUGGAUGAGAAAAACUUUACUAUCUUCCAGGCAAAAUGGGCUAUGAGUUGGCUCCUUGAUAAUCAGGAAGAAGUUACAGAGGAGAAUCGAGAGGAACAUAUAGUAUUGAUACAAGGGAGCAUGCCAUAUAUGAGAGACAAACAUUAUUUCAUAUUUCAGACAGUGUUGGAUAUGACAAGAGGUUGUACUUGUGGGGAAUAUCUAUGA